CAAAAGUGUAAUGUCUGCGUCCAUGAAAUAAAAACAAUCUAAAAUGUUAUGAUUUUCACAUUUCAUUUAAGUCAAGUUAAGGACUUGUCAAGCAAUGGCAAUAUUCUAACCAAAAAGGGCUUUUAGAUGUAUGCUCGAAUUCCAGCUCCAGAAUGCCUGUGUGACAAUAAAAGUAAUCAAAGUGACAGCAGUGAUCACAAUGACGGCAAUGCCAACGACGGUAGUCGCCGUAAUGCGACACCUUCACAGAGCAGUGACAUUGUCGCCAGUGCUGACAAGAAACAUGAUGCAGUAUCAUCUCCAGGGUUAUCGGCACCAAAAAAUGUGCCAAAACAUUUGUGGGAGAAAUUUCAGAAGUUGGAGAAGAGGACAGAAGAAGUAACUCGAAGAACUACACAGAGAAGAAUUCAACAUAUUCAAAAUGAUAUCAUGAACAAAGUGCAUGAGGAGAUUUCAAACCCUGAUGAUCUGGAUAUAUUGAGAGCACAUGAUGUCAAGUUUGGUCCACCAAAUGAAAAGUUUAACAAGCGAAAGAGAAAGAAACGUCCUACAUCCAACACCAGCAGUGACACCAAACAAACUGAUGUCCGUACAGAAAGUGCACAUGAAGCGGAGUUUUGUGAAAUCAAUAACUACAUGGGAAUAAACGACCAUCUGAAGGGUUUGGAUCACGGGAGGCAUGCUCCACAGACAGAAGUGGAGGAGAAGAUUACUGAGGCCAUUUCCAAGGGAGAUUUCACUACAGCUGAGGAGCUAAGUGACCAUCUUUCUACAAGGGAGUUUGGAAAAAGAGUUUGUGAAGCCAUAGAUGCCAGAGCCUAUGUGAUGCAGAAAAAGGAAGAGGAUGAAUCUGCUAAGGCUAAGAGAAAGAAAAAGUUACCCUGGGGGUUUCUACACAAAGAGAAAUGGGAAACCAAGGGUAACAUGUGAUGACGUAAACCUUGAAACUGUAAAAUCUGAUCUAGUAACAGUCAGGAAUCAAUAAAACCAUUGGAUCACUUCUCCAGUGGGCUUACAGUGACAUGGAGCCAUUAUAUCACUUUCCAGUGGGAUUAUGUUGACGUGGUUCCAUUAAUAGGAUUUUGAGAGAGAAUUUCAGUGAAUGAAUCUGUGACAACUGGCCACCCGGGGAGGACUUAAAAGGAGAACUUGAUCAGUGAGGUGCACAAGGUGCUAAACACUGUGGCCCUAGUUGGUGAUCUUUCUGCUGUGGCCGUGGGUCACCACAGGGCCAGAUCUAGGAUUUUAAGAAGGGAGGGGACUUAGUUUAUUAAGGAAUGUUGUCAAACUGUAGUAGAAAGAAAGAAAAAAAUGUUUUAUUUAACCACGCACUCAACACAUUUUAUUUACGGUUAUAUGGCAUCAGACAUAUUAUGGUUAAGGACCACACAGAUUUUGAGAGGAAACCCGCUGUCGCCACUACAUGGGCAAACUGUAGUAGAUGUUAUAAUACAAAACAAAACCUACAAAGAUAGAAUACCACACACAUUUGAGAAUGUUAUAGUGUACUGCAUGCAUCCAGCGAGGAAUGACCUUGUGUGCUGUCCUGUAUGUGGGGUUGUGCAUGUAAAAGAUCUCUAACACUGUCAAAAUUACCAAAUAAUCAAUGAUUAAUAAGUUAAUGUGCUCUAGUGGUGUCAUUAAAAAAAAAAAAAAAAAAAAAAAAAAAAAAAGGUGUACAUCACGAAUGCCAGAUGGGUAAGAUAUUCCACUGAAAAUAUCUUCACUAGAUGUUCAUUAGCAUAUCUUAU